AUGCCACCCCAAGCAUACCCCCGCGGAUUAAAUGCCCGAAACAGUGCAAGUACUGUGUUACUAGCGGUGUGUGUGCGAUUUGAGUAUACGAGGUAUCAUCUAGCUGUCAUAAAACACUUGACAGUACCAUCACAAUUGUUUUUGCAGCUCUUGAUCGUCCAAGCUAUUUUGAGGGGUCUCAAAAUAAGCCCAGCGUACACUCUUAUCUGGUCUCGCAACCCGUGCGCCAUUCAUUCAUCCAUCGUAUCCUCCAAGGGUCCUCAAUACCAGUUCAACCGGGGUCUCAAACCGGGAACCUACGUCUACCACAAUAUCCGCCACGAUCGUCCUCUAACCGAUAACGAACUCCGCGCUAUAGACCGCUCAUUCGAAUCUACCGGUCGUUCCAUUCCCCUUCAUGCUAUUAGAAACGCCAUCUACCUUGGUCGAACGCGAGAGAAUCGUGAGAACUACACCCCGUUCUCUGAGGAGCCAUGCUUGUAUCUCGUUUUCCCACAUAUGACGUACCAGAAGAAAAGACCUGUGGGGAUACUUUUUGACAAUGUGGUUGCGCCUGCUUUCACGUGGGCUCUACAGGAGUAUGAAGUUCCGGAGAUACCAACAGGUGCAGAACGAGCUAUUCGGCCUGGUUUCGAUACCUACAAGACGCUCCCAAAACAAUAUGAAGUGAUAGCGCACAACGAUGAUUAUUGGGAGCCUGAUGGGACCAGGGAUUCCGCGAGUAUGGAUGCUGUGAGGAGCCGGAUUUUUGAAAUUGCGUGA